AUGCCGAGUUCCGAUGGCCAUCAGACCGAUGUAUCCUAUAAGACCCAUUUGGUAAUUGGGGACUUCAACGGCCACAGUACCCAAUGGGGAUAUAAUAACCAAAAUGGAGAAAAUGCCAUCAUUGCCCGUUUGAGGAGAGGAUAUAACCCAGACUUGAUUUUUAUUUCAAACAGAAGGCAGGUGUUUCAGAGAAAUGUUCUGGAUCACAUCCCCAGAUCCCAGCAUCGUCCAGUGGAAGCAAAUACACAACCGAUUAGAACGAUGAUGCCUGGACCUGGCAUAUCUGGACAGCAGCUCAAAAUAACAUACCAUGAGGUUGUAGGAUGA